GCGUACGAACGCUCCAAGCCGAGCUUCGCCGUGUACAGUAUAUAAGCUCUAGGUUUGCACUCCUCUGACCUCUCAACAUCCGACCCUCCAGCCUCGGGCGCGCAUUUGGAUUAAAGAUAUCUAUCGACGACAUCGACAUGGCCACCGAAGACUGGAAGUUGUACGGCUUCGCCCCAGUGCCGCGCGACCCCGAGGUGCUGUUCAAGGACCACCCCACGGCUACCGGGCCGAACCCCAAGCAGGACCUGUUCACGGUGGAGGACUUCCCGCUCCCCGACACCCCUGUCGUGCGGGAGGUCCGCUCGUUCGCUCUGAGAGAGCUGGAUGAGCAGACGUUCAACCAUAGCAACCGCGUCUUCGUAUACGGCUCGGCUCUCGCGCGGACGCACUUCCCGGAGUGGAAGUACAGCGAGACCCCAAGCAUCGUGGAGACGUACGCGCUCGCAUGCCUCAUGCACGACAUCGGCACCGCGGAGAAGUUCCUCGCGACGACGCACCUGUCGUUCGAGUUCAAGGGCGCGAUCGUCGCACGCGACCUCAUCCUCUCGCUGGGCGGCCCCGAGGCCGCGGCGGACAGCGUGUGCGACGCGAUCAUCCGGCACCAGGAUAUCUUCGUGAAGGGGGGGAACAUCACGGUGGUCGGCCAGAUUUUGCAGCUUGCGACUAUCCUUGACAACAUCGGGGUGCGCGCGAACCUCAUCCACCCGAAGCUGAUCGAGACGACGACGGGCAAGUUCCCGCGCAAGGGCUGGUCGCAGCACUUCGCGCGUGUGAUCGAGAAGGAGCUCACGCUGAAGCCGUGGUGCCACACGACGACGUUCGAGAUCCCGAACUGGACGGCGGGCGUGCAGAGCAACUUCGCGACGGACGUGCGCGGGAACGAGGUGAUGCGUCCGUUCGACUGAACGUCGGGCUCCUGGUUCGCUGGGACGGUAAAAUUGGAGGAUGAAUCUGUAUGAAGAUCACCAAAUGAACAUAACAUUGCAGUCUGGACGGACUGUUC